AACAUGAUAUCUGGUGUUUGGGACUGAACACACCGUAAUGUGCAGUGAUACUGCUCAAUAACAUUUUGUAGUGAAUUUAUGGAUGACGAAGCUGCACUCGAAGUGACUUUCCAGGCGUCUCUGAGUGAAUCAAUGUUCUUUAGUGAUUUUCGAAGUUGUUUGUGCAUCAAAUCGAGUAUUUUGGACGAGUUCGAACUAGCCAUUGACGUUGUCGGAUUGCGUAACAUAACAUCAACUUGUGCAAGAAAUGUGCGACCGCGCGCCUGACCGACCGACCGUACCCCCGCAUGUAAUAUCGCACGCACCGUACCUAUACCGCAGCCGUCGGCGUCGCAUUCUCUGAUUGAGAAGAAAUUAUUUAUUUUAAAAGAAAAUGUCUGGUGCAGCUCGAAAAAUACUUAUAGGACAGGUUAUAGGAACCAAGAUGACACGGACUGCAAAAGUGCGGGUUAAUAAGUUACAACUGGAUCCAUUUGUUACUCAGUAUUUCCCCAAGCGGUCAACCCUGUUUGCACAUGACCCCGAGGAAGCAGCGAAACUUGGAGACAUUGUCCUUGUGAAGGAACUACCGAUUAAAAAGUCCACCCACGUCAAGUACCAAAUGGAGCGUAUCAUCUACAGCCUGGGAAAUGUGACUGAUCCAAUCACCGGCAAGAAAUGCGACUGCUACUCGUAUUGGGACGAGGGGGAGGGCUCCGAUGGUGCUCUGGUCUCUGAUCAUAGUACAGAUAGUGUGGACAAGGAAGUGGAUGUCACAGGUAACAUUUCAAGGACGAUGGGAGAUGGAAAAGAUCUCAAAGUUGAUGGCACGCCUGUAUGAAUCCUCAGUUUUACAAGAAGCAUUAAAGACGUGUUUAUGCCCUGCCUGUUUGAAGGGGGGUUUGUGUAUCAAUGGGAAUCAGCAUACUGUUGGACGGUCGGUAGCAUACUGUAUACAAAUCAGAUCAACCUACGUUUAUUUCCUCAUUUUUCAACCAAUGCUCUUAAAUGAUAGCACACACACAUUGGUCUUGAAGCUUCGGCCAGAGAACAAAAUUGAUGAGGAGCUGUCCUAUACCUUGGAGGAAGUGGAAAUUCUGUCACUAGCAUCCUAGAAUGUACUAUUUUAUAGAUAAUUCUUAAACCUUUUGAUAAAACAGCCAAAAGUAUCAAAUUUUAAAAUGGCUAGUUUGUCUUUAUCAGUGAAUGUGAAUGUUUUGUGGCAAACUUUGAUCCGUUUGAUCCUUGGCAAUAUGUAAGUGGUGUGUAGAUACAAUUGUCAUUCUAUCAGAGUGUCAAGUAUAGGCCUGUAUUAAAAGAAAAUGAUAAAAAUGAUCAAUCUGGGUAAGAAACCAGAGGGAUUCUGAAUGAUUCAGGAAUUGACUUGGGGGGCGAUUCAUGAAAGGAUUUGAUCGACAAGUCCUGUUUUAUUUGACGGCAUAGUAACUGCUUCUAAGCCAAUCAGAAUAAAGGAAAGUUGUCGGGUCUGACAACCUGUUAGAUAAAAAUGUUGAUGAAAUGCUUCCCUGGUUAAAUGCAUUAUAAUGAUACAAAAUAAUACAAAUCAUUUAUAGGGCACUUACAUGUACUGUCCAAUGGCAUUUCUAAGUUUGCUGUUUUCUGUUUAGUAUUUGAUGAGGCUCUAUGUCUCUGAGUAGACAAUUCUGUUCAAAGUUGCUGUCACACCUUGGCUUUAUUCAUAGUGUGAAAGAAAUAUGCACUCAUUGCACUGUACUAUACAUGUAUUAAAGUCACUGCAAAUCAUGGUUCGAAAUUGAUGUCCAUCUCAGAAGUAUUUGUAUACAGUACUGUACUUGCCUGAACUUGAAAACCAAUCUACAUGUUGCUUGGUAGCAAAACUGGAAAUGAACUUGAGUCGGAAUUGUGAUGGUGAUACAUGUGAUGUGAAAAUGAAUUUUUGUUGGACAUUCUUGACUUGAAUUCUGGCAAAUAAACUUUUGAAUGAUGAAAUCAAAACCUUCAAAUCGUCCUUCAUUUUCAAAACGAGUUUGCCUGAGCGUUCUUCAUUCCUUAAGACAUUCUUCAUGUUAAAUAAAUAAGUGUUAUCCUGA